AUGAGUCAAGUACCCAUCUGGUGGGCACUUGGCAUUUCCCUCCUUCUCUCCGUCCUCCACCACCCGGCUGAUUCCGCGGGUGUGGAGGAUGGAGUCAAGAGCUCCCUCAUCACCUUCCUCGCCCACCUGAACGGAACCACAGCCAGUUGGGUUCCUAUAACCGAUCCGUGCCUGAAUUCCUGGCCGGGGAUUUCCUGCGACACUUCGAACAGCUCUGUAACAAGAAUCCAACUUUCAGGAUUCAGCCUGUCAGGAGAAUUCGAUCCUGCUUCCGUUUGUACGAACCCAUUACUGGCUUCGUCUCUCACCAUCAUCAACCUCCAAAGGAACCAAAUCUCCGGCGAGCUCUCACCAGCGAUCUCAAACUGCUCCAAUCUCACUCACUUCCUAAUAGGGAAGAACAAAUUCUCCGGAAACAUUCCGGAAUCCAUUACCGGCAUCAAGAGUCUCAAGAAGCUCGACCUCUCCCACAAUGAUUUCUCGGGCGAGCUGCCGGACUUCACCGGCCUUCCUGAGCUCGUGAUGUUCACCGCGCAGGGGAAUCACUUCACGGGACCAGUCCCGAGAUUCGACUUUCUCAAAUUGCAGAAACUCGACCUCUCCCACAACAAAUUCACCGGCGAGAUUCCUGACCUCCAUGGUAAAUUCGACCAGGGCAGCUUUUCGGACAACCCUGAUCUCUGCGGGCCGCCGUCACCAAACCCUUGCCCAUCAUCAUCUUCUUCUUCAACCGUCAUGAACGCCCAAAGCGAAACUUCGAACAACAACGGCAAGAAGUCGAAAACCCGAGCGAGGGAUCAGAUUCUGAUGUACUCUGGCUACACAAUCAUCGGGCUAGGAGUCAUCGGUUUCAUCGUUUUCAAACUCUGCAGAAGAAAGAGCAACGCCGGAGGUAGUACUAAAAAGGGUGACUUGGAAGCCAGAGUGGCUUCAGUGGACGACGAUAGCUUCAUGAGCAAGGCGAGUUCUGUUAGCUACGCGAAAACAGGGGAGAGCUUCUCGGAAAUUUCGGGGGUAACGGAAGAAAGUGCGAUGACCUCUUCUUCGCUUGUACUGCUGACGAGUCCUUUAUCUGGGGGGCACGGCGGCGGCGGGGGUUUGAAUUUCGAGGAGUUGCUGAAGGCUCCGGCAGAGCUUCUGGGAAGGGGGAAGCACGGGAGCUUGUAUAAGGUGAACUUGAGCGGCGGGAUGACGGUGGUGGUGAAGAGGAUUAAGGAUUGGCCGAUUCAGACGGCCGAGUUUAAGACUAGGAUGCAGAGGAUACACCAGGCCAGUCAUCCGAAUGUGCUCCCUGCUCUGGCGUUUUACAGCUCCAAACAUGAGAAGCUGCUGGUUUAUGGCUAUCAGGAGAAUGGCAGCCUCUUCAGAUAUCUCCAUGGAACAAAGAUGGGACAGUCAUUCGACUGGCCAAGCCGGCUGAGCGUGGCAUCCACCGUGGCACGAGCCCUAGCCUCCAUGCACAAGAAGCUCCACGACGACGGCAUCAGCCACGGCAACCUCAAAUCCUCCAACAUCCUCCUCAACCAAAGCCUCGAGGCCUGCGUCAGCGAGUACGGCCUGCUCCCAGUCCCCGCCGACACCGACCACGACGACAACCAAAACGACGUCGACGACUCUUCCUCCGAGGGCAACAGCUUCAGCUUCAGCGAGGUGAGGUCCAAGUCCAAGUCGAAGCCCAAGAAGAAGCCGUCCCACGCGGCGGACGCGUUCCGAUCCGACGUGUACGGGUACGGCGUCGUCCUGCUGGAGAUGCUGACAGGGAAGACGGUCCAGAACAACGGCGUCAGCCUGCCGACGUGGGUCCACUCGGUGGUUCGGGAGGAGUGGACCGUCGAGGUUUUCGACAAGCACCUGAUAUCGGAGGGCGCGAGCGAGGAGAGGAUGGUCAACGUGCUGCAGGUGGCGAUCAAGUGCGUCAACCCGUCGGCCUACGAGAGGCCGGCGAUGAGUCAGGUGGCGGUCAUGGUGGAUGCGAUCAGGGAAGACGACGAGAGAUCGUCGUCGUCGCCGGGUUACUAA